AAAUCAAUCCGGUUUAAAGUGGAUGUCAAUGACAAUGGCGGUCAUCUUAUUGAAAUUCUAAGAAGGUAGGAACAUUCCAAUAUUUUCUUUUAACUUCGAGUAUUUUAAGUUAAUUUUAACCAUAUCCUUGUAUUAAUUUGUAUUGUUUACAAUGCUUCUUGCAAAUAGAACUCGUCAACAAUUUAUUCAAAACCUUGGUCAACCUAUCUCAUUAAACACUGUUUAUGACUCCCCCCCUCCCAACCUUGGUCAACCUAUAUCAUUAAACACUGUUUAUGACUCCCCCCCUCCCAGCCUUGGUGAACCUAUCACAUUAAACACUGUUUAUGACUCCCCCCCCUCCCCCAAUCUCUCUCUCUCUCUCUCUCUCUCUCUCUCUCGUUUUCUCUUUCUCUUUCUCUUUCUCUCCCUCUCACAAACGCACAUAUGCACAAUCAUUACACAACAUACACACACAUACAUAUUAACAUACACACAAACAUACGCACACACAUUCCUACAUACACGCACACGCGUGGGAGUGCUCACUGUCCCCUGUAGGUGGGGUAAAUAUGGGUAAAUCGUUUAAAAAAAACUCCUAUGUUAACGCAUGUUUGAAUAUGUGUCUGUAUAGAGAAUCGGCCAGCAGCCACCAUGACCCUUGGAUCUCAGUUCAGUGCGUUGGUGGCCAAAAACUUCAAGACCCGUUUUCGCGGGUGGUCGGGUACCUUGUGUGAACUGGGUGAGUUGUAUCUUAAGGUGAAUCUGGUGAAUGGUGUAUGAGUUCCCCGGUUGUGUUUGGGGCUUAUGUGGAUACAGUUGCAUGACUUGCGCAAGUGUUGGGCAUAUGAGUUGUUCAUACGAGUAACUUGUUACUUGAUACUUAAACGUGUGAGUUGCGCAUACAGUGACUUGUUUAAUACUUAAACAAAAGCGUUGCACAUACAAGUGACUGUUUUAAUUCUUUUUAAAAAAAAUGUGUUGGUGCAUUCAAUGUAGGUUUACGACAGCUAGUUUGGUAGAAAUGAGAAGAAACAGCUUAAACCCUAGUGUGUGGGGUGUAGGGUGUGCGCAGGGCGGUGAGGUUGGGCGCGGUGUAUUGGAUCGGGGUGGGUUGGGGGGGGGGCAGGGUGGGAUGAUGAAAAUAUUUGAUUUGAUUUUUUCACUCAUUUUAUGUAUUUUUUUUAUUUGUUUUUAAAAUAAUUGAAAUCACAAGCUUGGGAUUAAAAUCCAAUCUUUCUACUUCUUUAUGAUAACCAAUCGCUCUCUAAUAGAAUAGAUGCGGUUUUUUUUUUUAAUGUACUAUUAUAUUUGAUAUUUAAACAAUCCACCCCUGCAGAUUGCUCCUAAAACAUAAUUUUAAAUAUACAUACAUACAUACAUACAUACCUACAUACAUACAUACAUACAUACAUACAUACAUACAUACAUACAUACAUACAUACAUACAUACAUACAUACAUACAUACAUACAUACAUACAUACAUACAUACAUACAUACAUACAUACAUACAUACAUACAUACAUACAUACAUACAUACAUACAUACAUACAUACAUACAUACAUACAUACAUACAUACAUACAUACAUAUAUAUAUAAUAAUAAUAAUAAUAAUAAAGUUUAUUUGAAAAGCUCGCUUCAUCCCCAAAAGCUCGAAGCGCGGUACAAAGUCAACCAUAUUAAAAUGAGAAAUAAAAACAAUCUACAAUUUACCACAUUUAAAAAACAGACGCAACACUAUAAAACUACAUACGAGAAUACCAAGUCAAAGUCUUUCAUCCCAUUUCAACCAUAAGCAACACAAGCCAAUAUACAUUAACUGAAAAAUGAUGGUAGAUAGCAUCACCGCAGAAGGUGUUUGCGAAAUAGAUGUGCGUUAAAUCGGCUUUAAAAGGAAAAUAUAAUUUAUUAAAAUAGCUCCCGAUUUUUUUUUUUAAAAGUUCCCCGGCGCCUGUGGUAAGCCAUACGUCCCUGUACAAUUCGAUCCGUGUAAAUACCAUGUGUCGUCCGGUAGACUCGCCCACGAAAACGUCCGACUUGAGAAAUGUUUUUCCUCGUCGUGCAGCCGUGCAGCCGUGUAAACACUGUUCUUUGCCACCACAGCCAUCCCGACGAUGGUGCUGGGGCUCACCUACCUCAUGCUGCUGAACACCAGCGUCCAGAAGCCGCAGGACAAGUUCUACCUGCCCUUGGACGUGCUGAGAUACAGCCUGCCCCUCGAGGUUCCCAUCGUGUACACCCCUACGUGCCCAGCCCUAACCAAGAUGUUCACCAAAGGGAGGAAUGCUGCCAAGGGUAUGGUAUCACGAUAAGAUGCAUCUCUGCUAUUUUGGUUGAACGUGGGAGGAAAGCAGAUCUUUACUGAGUUUAUUUGUUUAAUUUUUUUUUAAACUUGAAAUCCACUGACAAAAAGUUUUGCUUGAAACUAAUUAAACAACCUCGAGCAAGGAGGGGGGGGGAGGGGGCUGAACGUUUGACAAAACAUGCAUACAAGUAAAGCACUUUAUAAGAAUCCUAAUUAGUGCGUAUCCUCCCUCCCCCCCCCUUUUUUUUUUUACAAGUACCCACACAUUUUUGUUCCCACGCGCCUCAACAAUUAUCAUAUUUUAAUGACCCACCAGCUUUUAAAACUCAGAUUUAUUUCACCAACUACCUCAGAAAAACAAAAGUACAUUAACACGCACAAAAUGCACGUGCAGUAUUUUUUUUAAGACCUUCAUGUUAUCGUUAAUGUUAUUUCAUGAAUCGGCGUCAUCAUAUUCCCCCACCCCCUUUUCCACUUGAAAAACAGGAAAAACUGAUUUGGCCGGGGAGGGGGCGCGGGGUUAGGAAGAUGGGGCUGAAAAUUUGACGGAAUGCGUUGCCAUUGGAAACGAAUCUAUGUGCCAAGUUUCAGCUCGAUAGGUUGACUGGCAGUUGGUCAAUUAGCCGUCCGAAGAUUUUACCCCAUACACACUAAAGCGAAGUUAAUGUAAACGAUCUAAAAAAAAAUGGUCAAAGACAACAACACUGGUAUUUUCAUUUUAUUCGGGGACGACGGAAGUGAACUCGACGCCUUAUAAUGACGACGGAAGUGAACUCGACGCCUUAUAAUGACGACGGAAGUGAACUCGACGCCUUAUAAUGACGACAGACGUGAACUCGACGCCUUAUAAUGACGACAGACGUGAACUCGACGCCUUAUAAUGACGACAGACGUGAACUCGAUGCCUUAUAAUGACGACAGACGUGAACUCGACGCCUUAUAAUGACGACAGACGUGAACUCGACGCCUUAUAAUGACGACAGACGUGAACUCGACGCCUUAUAAUGACGACAGACGUGAACUCGAUGCCUUAUAAUGACGACAGAAGUGAACAUGGCCCCUAACAUGACGACAGACAACUGGAAACUCAGUUAAGAUACUGCUGUAUGAUAGAUAACGCUCGCUUAUUAGGAUAUUGUAUUAUUUCUUGUUAUGUACAUAUUCAAAUCUCUCUCUCUCCCCCCCCCCCACUCUCACCCCCACACCCCACCCCAAACCUGUUCUAGCCCAAAUCUCAAUCAACGCCUUGUUCUCUUGUGUUUCUUUCAGUUCCCAUCGCCGUGGGGGUCAAGGCCAUUAUGGAAACUCAGUUAAGAUAAUGCUGUAUGAUAGAUAACGCUCCCUUAUUAGGAUAUUGUAUUAUUUCUUGUUAUGUACAUAUUCAAAUCUCUCUCUCUCCCCCCCCCCCACUCUCACCCCCACACCCCACCCCAAUCCUGUUCUAGCCCAAAUCUCAAUCAACGCCUUGUUCUCUUGUGUUACUUUCAGUUCCCAUCGCAGUGGGGGUCAAGUCCAUUGAAUUCGGCUACGCUCUCCUCAAUCUCACCAACA